AUGAGUGUAUCUGUUGAUACACUCUGUCACAGUGUCGAAGAUUCACCACAACAACCUGAACUUAAAUUCGAGAACCUCAAUGUGAUGGAGGAACAUCUAGUGAAUCUGAACUGCUCUGCUGAAGCCCCCUGCCCAAAACAACUUCCUACAAUAUCCUGGUCUAACAUCACUAAAUCUGCCAACAUUACAACACACUUACUGGAGAAACCAAAUAAAAUCCAGUCAGCAAUUUCCUUCAAAGCUUCAUACAGAGAUCAUAAAAAGAUCAUCUACUGCAUUGUUACUUAUACAAGAAAUACUUCUAAUGACUCAACUGUAGAGACCAACGUGACGCUGAAAGUCGAGUUUCCUCCAAAAGAAACUCGCAUCACCAUCAGUCCAUCAGCUUCAGUCUCUGUUGGCACUAAUGUGACUUUGACCUGCAGAAGCAAAGGAAGUCCAUCAAGAAAUAUGACCUACACCUGGUACAAACGUGGAGAGAACAGACCUGUAGCUCAGAGAAAACACUUUACUUUCAUUGUUACUCAGAAUAAUACAGGGUGGUAUUUCUGCACAGCACAGAAUAAACAUGGCAAUCAGUCAUCACAAGAGAUCCAGCUCACAGUUGGAGGAUCCAUACCUAUGAUACCUAUAGCUUGCGUUGGAGGAAUUGUAGCAGUGCUGAUGCUCUCUAUUUUUUUAUAUACAAGGAUCAUGAAAAAAACAAACAGGGAAGAUGGUGUUGGAGAAAAAUAUUCUUUUAUUCAGGCUCACAAUGGUACUGUUGACUCCACAUAUGCUGAAGUUCUCACUGUGACCAAGCAGGAUAAUACGAUCUCUGAUGUUCAAAGUUUUUGUAAGAAUGACCACAAUACAGAGGAAGAUUCAGCAGAAGAUGAACAUGAACAAGGUUCAGAUGUAGUAUAUACGCAAGUGAAUGUGCUACUCAAAAACACACAACCCAUCAAUGUUCAAUGUGAAAGCAUUUAUGCUCAGGUGAAAAUAUAAAUAGUACUUCUUUUAUGUACCCAAAGCUGUAACUGGGGUGGUACUCUUUCAAAAGGCACACAUUUGUACCUAAACACGUUCAUAUUGAUACCUUAAGGGUAUAUAAUAGUACCUAAACAGUACUAAUAUGUGCAUUUAAAGGGCUCCUAUUUUGGUAUUUUUACAAGAUAUAUAUUUUACAAGAAAAUAAGUUUUUUUGUGUCUACAGAAUGUGUCUGUGAAAGUUCAUAUCAAAAUACCCAUCAGAUCAUUUAAUUUGACCUGUUGAAAGUGUCGAUUUUUGGGUCAGAUGGAAUUGUAGCUGCUUUGCACCAAUGCCUUUAAAUGCAAAUGAGCUGGUUCUCUCCACCCACUCUGUGAACAUGUCACUUCAGAGAAUGAUAACUAGGGUCGGCGUCAAAUAAACAGCACAAUGAGGGACAGCAACCCAGACAUGAAGAAGCAGAGACCCACAGUAACAAAUACCAAAGUGAAGACUGAACCACAAAGCUUUCCAAUAGUUAUUUGAUCUAGUUGUUGUGGAGUUUAUUCAGCCUUCAUUCAACAAUGAAUGAGCCACACAUAACGCAGUUACAAUGUUUAAAUGUCAUAUAAAAUGGAUGCGUGUCAUGUUUGAGUUUUUGGAACGAAAAGUUUUAUUAAGAUUUUUUUUUAGAUUUUUUAUUUCAU